UCAGUUUAGUUUGGAUUUUUUCAGUAGUUUUCAAAUCUGGGUGUAAUGUAGAGCAGUUAAUCUAGUCUAAACCCUGGACAUUCCUUGGGAAAAGAAAAUCACGUGAUUUGAUUAGACUUCUCACUUCUCUGCCGGUCCUCAGAGACUAGCAGUGUGCCGGAAAGAGGCAUUUCCCGGGGUGAGGCUGACUGAUUCAUACUAGCUCGCUGCCUUUGCUCGCCAUGGAAGUGUUCCAGCAUCAGCUGUUCACUCUUGUUGGGGGUCUGAUCUGUUUCUACACUCUGGUAAAAUGCAUCAGAUUUAUGAGAUAUAUUUUCCCGCAUAUCUGGAGUGCUUUGCCUCAGACUUUCUUUCGGUCACUGGGAGAAUGGGCAGUGGUCACAGGAGCAGGAGAUGGGCUUGGAAAAGCAUACUCCUUUGAGCUGGCAAGACGUGGAUUAAAUAUAGUUAUGAUAAGCAGAACUCUUGAUAAACUGCAGAGAGUAGCCUCUGAAGUUGAGCAGACCACAGGUCAAAAGGUGAAGGUUAUACAAGCUGAUUUCACUAAAAAUACAGUAUAUGAGAACAUUGAAAAAAGUCUGCAAGGUUUGGAUAUUGGUGUUCUGGUUAACAAUGUCGGAAUGCUUCAUAAUCCUCUUCCGUGCCGUUUCCUUAAUGGACCAGACAUAGAUGAGAACCUUGUCAACUGCAACAUUAUCUCUGUUACAAAGAUGACAAGAAUAAUUUUGAAACAAAUGGAGGCAAGACAGAAAGGUCUUAUUCUGAAUCUGUCCUCUGGUCUGGCUCUUUUCCCUUGUCCAUUAUACACAUUGUAUUCAGCUUCUAAGGCUUUUAUAAGCACUUUCUCCAAAGCACUACAAGCAGAGUAUAAAACAAAGGGAAUUAUCAUACAGGUAGUGGCUCCUUACGGUGUUUCUACUCCAAUGACAAUGUACCAAAACCCAGGUCUUAUUACAAAGACAGCAGAAGCGUUUGUUAGUGAAUCGCUGGAUUAUGUCACCUUUGGAGAUGAGAUUUUUGGAUGUUUAGCCCAUGAAAUACUGGCACGUGUCCUGCAGUCCAUCCCUUUAUGGGUAUUCCACAGUGACAGACUUCAAGAAGCAGUCCUGCAUGUAUUUACCAAUUAUCUGAAGAAGAGGUGGAGAAACUCCUAACAGUGCAAUGGGAAACACCAGCAUGAUUCAUUUUACUGUGUCUGUGUGUGUGUGAAUGUAGAAGGAAUCAAAUCAGUUUGAGCCACAGAUCCAUCCAAAUCACCUAUCAAGAGACAAGUGAUUUCAUCCGAUAACUCUAUUAAGUAAAUUAAUUCCUGUCUCUUUCCAAAGACCGUACAAUUUUCUAGAGCUGUUCUAGUGACUUCUGUGGGCUUUAGAUAGUUUUAAGAAACUUAUGUUAGUAUUUUAACAUACGCUUGGAGCCCGCAAAUGUUUAAACUUAUUUGAUGUUAAUGAAUAAAACAAUAGUUUGCUUUAUUUCCAAACCUGU